AUGUUGGAAGUCCCUGAUCCGCUUCCAUUGCCCAAUCCCCCUUCCUUGCCCCCCCACUCUCUUGCCCCUUCCCCAUCCUUGCUUGCAUGCCAGAAUGAGACGCUUAUCGCCAUCCGCGCUCCCCACGGCACCAUGCUGGAAGUUCCUGAACCUGACGAGGCAGGCAGGGCGCACAGUGGCCCAUCACCAUGCAGCAAGCGCUAUCAGAUCCUGCUGCGCAGCGCUAACGGCCCCAUUGAUGUCUACCUUGUCAGCCGGUUUGAGGAGAAGUUUGAUGGAGCCACGGACCACACCACUCCUGCUGCAGCACCUGCUACUGAGGAUGCAGCUGAGGGAACUGGGACCCAGCUAGAUUUCAGUGAUCCGCAUUGUUUGCGACGAGAAGAGACCAGUCUCAGCGACCGUGUUAUAGCCCAGUCUCGCCUGAUUUCUUACUCAUCCGUGUCUCUCUGGUCGUCGUUUUUACGUGAGAACCAGAAAAAAACUGUUUUCGCCAUGGACCCUCCAGCUGCAUCGCAAGGCUUAGAGAUCAGUUCAAAGCCUCAAGACUCUCGAAAAGUGUCGUUCUCCGAACGCCAACAGCAGCGACGGCGCGGCUCCCGAAGAUCCCUCGUCGCAUCUUCCAACGGGGAUGCUUCCGGAUCGCCAACGGCUCAAAAUGGAAAUGGUCCGAAUGGAGGGUCGUUCGGUUUCCGUGGCCAUCGCAUGAAGCCGGAUAAAGUUACCUUCUCGGAGCGUCAGCGGUUGCGAAAAGCAGGUGAACUCGAAGAGGAGGAUGCGAAGCCGAUCUUUGGAAAUCGAAUGAAGUCCAAGGUGACGUUUUCGGAGCGGCAACGUCAGAAGCAUAGGAGGAGAAAGACCCUGAAUGAGAUUGAAACGCUAGAGUGCGUAGACGGAGAAUUUGGAUUCAGCUGGUCGGAAUACGCGUCGGAUUCGUCGUCCGAGACGCCGACGCCCGCAGGUGGUUUGGAGAAGAUCGAGUUUGGCGAAGAGCUGCGAGAGGAGACUGGCGAAGCUGGCGAAGUAACGGUGGUGGGAACGGCGAAUCGCGGCUUCAGAGUGCAGAUUCGCCUCGGGGGAGCGGCGAAGAAGCUUGUCAGCGGAGCCAUUGCGGGAGGAGUGUCACGUACAGUGGUGGCGCCGUUGGAGACGAUUCGCACGCACUUGAUGGUGGGGAGCUCGGGGCACCGUACGAUCGUGGGCGUGUUCCGGUGGAUCAUGGAGAAGGAGGGGUGGCGCGGGCUGUUCCGCGGUAACGCCAUCAACGUUAUCCGCGUGGCUCCCGGCAAGGCUGUGGAGCUAGCUACGUACGACACAGUCAAGAAGCUGCUCACACCUGCAGACGGUGGCAAGCCCAUCAUCCCCAUCCCGCCCUCCUCCAUCGCCGGCUCCGCUGCUGGCGUGGCCGCCUGCUGUCUCAUGUACCCUCUCGAGCUCGUCAAGACGCGCCUGACCAUCCAGCCGGGCGAGUACCGCUCCAUCCUGCAUGCGUUCUACCGCAUCAUCACAGAGGAGGGCGCUCACGAGCUCUACAGGGGUCUGGGCCCCAGCCUCAUAGGCAUCGUGCCGUAUGCCGGCUCCAACUACUUUGCAUAUGACACGCUGCGCACGCUCUACAAGAAGAUAACCAAGAAGGACAAGAUUGAACCUCUGGCCACGCUUGUGAUCGGGUCGCUUGCGGGUGCUGCAGCUGCGUCUGCCACGUUCCCCUUGGAGGUGGCUCGCAAACAGAUGCAAGUCGGUGCACUCAAGGGCCGUGUUGUGUACAAGGGAACACUGGACUGCAUUCAGAGGAUCGUGCAGGAGCAGGGGAUUCAAGGGCUCUACAGGGGACUCGUGCCGUCGUGCGUCAAGCUAAUGCCUGCUGCAGGGAUUUCGUUCAUGUGCUAUGAAGCACUCAAGCAUGUUUUCGUUGAGGAUGAUAAGGUUACUGUAGCGAAACCAGGUGGUGCUUGA